UCCUUUCCCUCUCCGCUCCCCAACGCCGCCUGGUCGCCAGCUCGCCGCCCCUGCUCACCGAUUGCCCUCGGCUGUGCAGCGAGGAGCGAGCAAGCAGCGGCGAGGCGAAGGCGAUGGAGGAGGAGAUCCGGGCGGAGUUCCAGAGCAGCGGCUUCUCCAUCGGGGGAGCCGGCCCCGAGGACGCCGCCAAGAUCCUCUCCACGCUGCUGACCUACUGCAUCAACUACAAGAUGAGCCGCGCGGACCUCGUCUCCAACUGGGAGGUCUAUUAUCUCAACAGGUCAGCUCAUCCCAGAUAACAUUACUGUAGCAUAUUUUGCAGCUGAGAUUAGGCUAUUCUUAGUGAGUGUCGUUUGAGUUCUGCUUUCUAUGAAAUUUGAUGAUAGCAUCUUUUGCUGUUUAAUUAAGCAUGCCAUUGUGAGGCUAUGCUGAUUAUUAUGGAUAAGAUGCUCUUGGCUCAAUGUUUAUUUCAUGGCUGGAGCAUAAACAACCACUCGCUCUUCCAGUUUAAUUACUUGGAAGAUCGGAUACGAAAACCAGCAAGCUUGUUUUCUGCAUCUGGGUUUUGUAGAGAACCUGCAGAUGCUACCCUUGCUUCAGAGGAGAAAAUGUUUGCAGUUGGUACAGUAGCCUGUGAUGGGGAAGGUCAUUUGAAUGAAAAGUCUAUCUUGCUACAGGGCAGUGUUCAACUCUCCAGGGGACAGCGUGUGCGCCUUGACUUGAAGGAUCUUGAUCACUUCUCUUUGUUUCCUGGGCAGGUGGUGGGUAUUGAAGGCCACAAUCCCAGUGGACACUGUUUUGUUGCAUCAAAAUUAAUUUAUUCCAUACCGGUCUCUGUGGAUGCUCAACUUCCUAGUGCUAAUAAACAGGCCAUUGAUAAUGAGAGCAACCAAAAUUCUGAUGCUGGCACUCUGUCAAGAGAAUUGUCAUCAGUCAUCACGGCAGGUCCCUAUACAAGAACCGAUAAUCUGUUGUUUGAGCCACUGCAAGAACUUCUUUCAUAUGCUUGUCGUAAGCAGCCUCAGCUGCUCAUAUUGACGGGACCCUUCAUUGACUCUGACCAUCCUGACAUAAAUGGAACUGCUGACCAGAGCUUUCAUGAUAUUUUCCAUUUUGAAAUUCUGAGAAAGAUUCCAGAUUUUACCCAGUAUCUGGGUAACACUGUCCGUGUGAUUCUCUUUCCAUCCAUGCGAGAUGCUCACCACGAAUUUGUUUUCCCGCAACCUGCAUUUGAUUUGAAUUUGCCAGAAGAUAUCACACAUCAGAUUACUUGUCUGGCAAAUCCAUGUCUCUUCAGUUCUAACGAGAUACAUUUUGGCUGUUGUACUGUGGACAUUCUGAAACAGCUCAGUGGUGAGGAAAUUUCUCGUAAGCCACCUGUCGGAAAGCCUGGAGACAGGAUUGGUAGACUUGCCUCACACAUAUUAAAGCAACAAAGUUAUUAUCCUCUAUAUCCUCCUGCUGCUGGUGUGCCAUUAGACUUCUGACUUGCUAAGGAAGCACUGGAGAUCUCAUCAGCACCAGAUGUUGUCCUUCUUCCUUCUGAUCUUGCACCAUUUGUGAAGGUACUUUCCCUUGGAAAAGGCAGCGAUGACCAGAAACGGUUUAUCUGUGUGAACCCUGGAAGGUUGGCAAAGGGUAUUGGUGGGGGCACAUUUGUGGAGCUUUACUACAAUGAGGGCAUCGACAAGACCAACGGCUCCAUCAUCUGCAUAUAGGAUUACUGUCGGGGCAUAUCACCUAUCAUGAAAAGAGGCUCUGCAAGGCUUCUUCUCUUGUUUGCCACGCCAGAAGCCCACCAAAAGGAAGGAUUGAAGUGGUAAGAUUUAUUUUUGUGGCAAGCUUUCUUGGCGACAUGUAAAUUAAGCUCGGAAAUCCAUCUCAACAUUUGUUAUCCCAGAAAGUUUUGCUUAACAUGUGGCAUUUCCCGUUCUAACUAUGUACCUGGGCUAAAAAGUUCAUAUUGUUGUCAACUAACAACUGACCUGGUUCUCUUCAGUCCUACUGUAUAUAUCAGGAAUCGGUUGGUCCAUCCCUGCUGUUUUCCAUGUAGCAUUGUCCAGAUUAAGUUGUAAUGCGCCUUUUCAGAUUAACAAAGUACUUGGACUAAAAAGUUAAUAUUAUUGUCAACAAGCAACUGAUCUGCUUCUCUUCA